CAUUCUUCACCAGGAAGCUCGACUCGCAAAACUCAGUCCAUUGACGCAGCCAUAAUUUCUUCUCGACUUGGCUUUUCACAAUACAUAUCUCAUCCGCAACCACCACCACGCAGAUAUCCGAAUUGUCCAUCGGAAGACCAUCUGCAACUUCAUCUCGGUUGUCAAUCGACACUCAGGGGACUCGAUCCGGAAUCGACGUUCAAUUCAUCCUUUUAGUUUUCAAGCUUGCGAUUUGACGUUUCGGCCUGCUUUCUAAGCGCCGUACUUUGCCAGUCGCCAUUGCAUUGCCAGAUUAGUCCCCUGUGUCUUGCAGGACCUCCUCUUUCCGGUCCCAACAUAUACCCGCACAUUGCGCUCACAGUUGUUCAUCUCUUAAUUCUGAUCAUCACGAAAAUCCAUACUGAAACAAUGGCAUCGAUGAACGACGUACCUAGCGAUGGAACACUGCUCGAGACAACCAAGGUUGAGCAAUCUCGCCUUUUCAAGGUUCCAAACGAGAUAAUCGGUCUAAUAGCUUCAGUAUGCGACCCGGAUGAUCUCAAAAAUCUACGCCUGACGUCCAAGUUCAUGUGCAAUAUCGCAAGUCCAGCUUUUGGCCGCAAGGCCUUCUCUCGUCGGCGGUUUAUUUUUACUCGCAAGAGUAUGCAAGGGUUACUCAAUAUCACCGCGCAUCCGGUCUUUGGUCCUUGUCUUCGAGUCAUCACAUUUGGAACGUGUUGUUUGAGGGAUUACGACUAUGGCGAAGAUGAGGCAAUUGAUUCGUCUCUCCAAUACAACAUUCACAUGGAUGAUGUUAGUCAAGCUUCAUUCCAGAUCAAGGAAUUGGAGCACAAAGCCUUUGUUCAGAAAGGUGGACAUAUCGAAAUGCUGACGCUCGCCUUGAAAAACCUGCAAGCCUGUUCGAAUCACGGCGUUAUCCUUGGAGCCCAUGAUGACUCGUUACGCUAUGUUGUAAAGCGUCGGGCAUAUGGUUUUGAUGACGCUUAUGGAAAGUUCAUCCCAACGAAGUUUAAUGGAGUCGAGACAUUGGAUGCGAUCUUUGCUGCCAGCGGCCACAGUCAAUACCCAAUCCAAGCGAUAAAACUCUUCGUCUCGCAGAAGCACCUUUUCGCCUUGCUUGAAAAUAGCGAAGACUUGUUGCAGAUCUUCCACGAUGAAACCGAUGGACCUGCACUCAACCCAGACAUGGAUUUUCACAUCGGUAUACGCAUUGAUACAACUUAUGCGAAGAUGAGAAUUCUCUCCGCCGGCACUCGUCUUGAGCUCUCUUGCCACUCAUUCGAAGUCAGUGCGGACGGCAAACCGUACCUCAGAUAUUGCGAGUACAACUACGGACUCAUCUGGCGAGCAAUCGAACAAAGCCCGCUCCAAGACAUCCUCAUUGAAAAGUCGGACGUCGAGUAUGGCUCAUUGACCGAGUUCCUCGAGGGUCAGGCAGAGUCACUGGAUAACCUUGUGCUUCGUAACGUCCACAUGGUCUGUUUCAAUUCAUCGCCAACAGAACAGGCUGUGAGACUACUUCGGUUCCUGAAGGACGACUUGUGGUUGGAGAGUCUCGCGCUGGAAGGCUUGACUGUAGGACAAGGCAUUGUGCUUCCGGAGUUUGGAAAGGUCGUCUUCGAGGGACGUGAGGAUGUCAUCAAGGGGCUGGAAGAGUUGAUCGUGGAGGUUGAGGUGAUGUACGAGGAUGAGCCGGAAUCGUCGGACGAGGACGAUCUUAUGUCUUCUGGGUCGAUUUAAACUGCCACGAGGGUGCGUAGAUGCCAUAUUGCUCCAUGACGAAGGAGGAUGCUCGACAGGCUUGAGGAACGGCAUAGGAAGAGUAUAGCUACAAGAGAACAGAUCGAAAAGCUAUUUCCAAAGACUUUACAACGUAGAUCAAAACGGACC